GCCGUCCCCAACGGGACGGACGCCGCCUUCCUGGCCGGCCCCUGGGCCAACAGCACGGUGGCCUCCACCGCGGCCGUGGCCGCCUCGUUCAGGUGCUCGCUGACCAAGACGGGCUUCCAGUUCUACUACCUGCCGACCGUGUACAUCCUGGUGUUCAUCAUCGGGCUCCUGGGCAACAGCGUGGCCCUCUGGAUGUUCGUCUUCCACAUGCGGCCGUGGAGCGGCAUCUCCGUGUACAUGUUCAACCUGGCCGUGGCUGACUUCCUGUACGUGCUGACCCUGCCCGCGCUCAUCUUCUACUACUUCAACAAGACCGACUGGGUCUUCGGGGACGCCAUGUGCAAGCUGCAGCGCUUCAUCUUCCACGUGAACCUGUACGGCAGCAUCCUGUUCCUGACCUGCAUCAGCGCGCACCGCUACAGCGGCGUGGUGCACCCGCUGCGCUCGCUCGGCCGCCUGCAGAAGAAGAGCGCCGUGGGCGUCAGCGUGCUCGUGUGGCUCGUCGUGGUCCUGGGCAUCGCGCCCAUCCUCUUCUACUCGGGCACGGGCGCGCGCAAGAACAAGACCACCGCCUGCUACGACACCACGGCGGACGAGUACCUGCGGAGCUACUUCGUCUACAGCAUGGGCACCACCGUGGCCAUGUUCUGCGUGCCCUUGGUGCUGAUCCUGGGCUGCUACGGGCUCAUCGUGAGGGCCCUGAUCUACAACGACCUGGACAACUCGCCCCUGCGCAAGAAGUCCAUCUACCUGGUGAUCAUCGUGCUGACCGUUUUCGGUGUGUCUUACAUCCCGUUUCACGUCAUGAAAACCAUGAACCUGAGGGCCCGGCUGGAUUUUCAGACCCCCGAGAUGUGCGCUUUCAACGACAGGGUUUAUGCCACUUACCAGGUGACGAGAGGCCUGGCCAGUCUCAACAGCUGUGUGGACCCCAUUCUCUAUUUCUUGGCAGGAGAUACUUUCAGGAGGAGGCUCUCCCGAGCCACCAGGAAAGCUUCCAGGAGGAGUGAGGCAAACCUGCAGUCCAAGAGCGAAGACAUGACCCUCAAUAUUUUAUCCGAGUUCAAGCAGAAUGGAGAUACGAGCUUGUGAGGACGCAGCGGCCCCCAGACACCCACCCUUGUAACAUGGUCCCACGACGCCCAGCCUGAUUUACAGUAUCUGUGUUAAGUGCAUAGUUUCAGCUUCCGGAGAACUUUCUUACGGAGUAGUGUGGCUUCAUUGAGGACAGCGGCUAGAAAUGCCCUUUUACUUCUUGGCAUGUUUUUCUUUUUCCAGAGUGUUUCUUCUUUAGUGUCGUACAUCACACAGUAGACAAGGGUGAUGUGCGAAGUCAUGUCACAUAGUGACAAGACUGAUCUCACUAACUCCUUCCAGGCAAAAAGAGGUCUCUGGGAAGAGUGUAUGCUAAUGGUGAACAGAGGGUCAAAAUGAAGCAGUGAUCUUAAAAUCUUAUUCUUGACAUAUGAUAUUAAUAGGUAUUUUAAUAAAGGCAGAAGUCUGUUGGCAUGUUGGUGAAAGAAAUGCUAAAAUUAUAGGAUUUAUCAGUUCACUAAAUUUCACAAUACAAAACUAUUUUAAUGCCAAGUUCAAGGUGUUUUAUGGCACACAAAUCACAUCUUUGACUCUUUCAACAUCCACAUGUUUGCAGUGAAAAGAUGAAAAGACAAACCAAGAAGAGAUACACCAUGAGUAUAUACAGUUAUAACCAUGACAGUGCCACUCGGCCAGCUGUGGAACUCUUGACCCUUUCAAGACCAUUCCUUGGAUUAAAAAAGGUUGGAUAACAUCCAUCUGUUGGGGCCUCGGGAGAUGUGGAAACAUUAAAACUACAGACAGCCAGAGGUGCAUGAAAUCUGCUGCUGUAUUUUUCAGAACUCUUCAAUUCUAGUCCUUGGCUAAAAAUCCUUGCAAAGUUCACCAGUUGUGAUGUGGACCUGUGACCUGUAAGUUUUCUCAAUCUAUUUCGGCAGGACACGACACUGCCUUUGGAUACAAAAGAUAGCAGUGCUUAGAGCAGCUGGAACUGGAUGGGUGACAAUAAAGAUGUGUAACUAGUUAGAGAUCUAUUGAAGCUUUAACUUUGCUGGUCAAAUUGUAGCUGUCGUAAUAGUAUUUAUUAAUGAAGCUUACAAUUCUUUAGUUGUACAGAUUGGAAGACUUUCUUGAAAGAUCCAACAUACCGAUGUAAAUUAUAUUUAUUACAAUGUAUGAUAUUAAUGUCACACUGGUAUAUUUUACAUAAUAAACAGUGCAUAGAUAAAAUGAGUUAUUGUACAUCAUGAUGCUUUCCAAAUAUUAGUAUCUUGAAAUGUUUGUCUUCAGAUUUUUUUGAUCUAAAAUAUGAAAAUCUGUUUUGUGAUACAAGCGAUUAAUUUUCUCUAGAUACCCUUUUGCACGUUUAUCUUUUUAUUUAGGGUUCUUUCAGUAUAGACAUAAUUUGGUGUCAAACUAUCAUUAGCUCAAUAGCAAAUACAAACAUCUGGGUCUGUAUAUAAUA